CAUGCCAUCCACCAUAAAACAACAAAAAGAAGAAGAAGAAAACGCAUGUGCAGGAGUGACGUUUCGUGGACACUAGCUUGGGUUUAAAACAGGGCCGCCCUUGAGAGCAGUUCAUCACCAAACUCGUCCUGUGUGUUGUUGUAGUUAACUACACGGUCCCAUUAUGUCGGUCAGCGACAUGUUCUCCUACAUUCAAGUCUUCCUGAGUGCCGACCAGGACGUCCGAGAGGAAAUCCGCAAAGUGGUGCAGGUGCUGGAGCAGACCACCAGAGAAAUCCUCACUGUUGUCCAAAGUGUGCACCAGCCGUCUGGAUUCAAAGACAUCCCUGAGAAGUGUGCAAAGGCCAGAGAGUUGUUUGGCGCAGUCCGGACGCACAUUGCCGACUUGAAGACCAAGUUCCCUGUGGACCAGUACUACAGGUUUCACGAGCACUGGCGCUUCGUCCUGCAGCGUUUGACCUUCUUGGCGGCGUUUGUUGUCUUCCUGGAGAGCGAGGCCCUUGUCACCCGUGAGGAGGUGGCGCACAUUCUGGACAUUAAGGUGGUGCGCGACAAAGGCUUCCAUCUGGAUGUGGAGGACUACCUGGCGGGUGUGCUGAUUAUGGCCAGUGAACUGUCACGCUUGGCGGUCAACAGCGUGACGGCGGGCGACUACGACCGGCCGCUCCGCAUCUCCAACUUCAUCAACGAGCUGGACUCGGGUUUCCGCCUGCUCAACCUGAAGAACGACCCGCUGCGCAAACGCUACGACGGCCUCAAGUAUGACGUCAAGAAGAUUGAGGAGGUGGUCUAUGACCUCUCCAUUCGCGGACUCACCAAGGAGGCCAAGAGCGACCAGUAGGAAGCAGCGCACUGAGAGCGGGUCCAAAAAGCUGGUUCAGACUGAGGGCCACCGGGAACGUACAGUACGUUAGCCCCUUUCACACUGCCGACCUGUCGUAACAGUAAUGCCACUCGUGUAAGAUCAUCUUUCAAAUGUGCUACUACCUCGGAAGCAGGAUAAUUGAUGCAUCUACGGCAAAUGGAUUUAACUUUUAAAAGCUGUUUUACUAUCCACAAUUGUAGACGUCAGCGUCAACUUUCGGACUAAUCGUAAUUGUUUUGCAUUGUUGUUUUCGUUCAAUAUAUCUGUAAUGUAAUUGUGACUCUUUGAAAGGACAAACAUAUCGGCAAAUUAUGUCACUUUUACUGUUCGUGUGUCCAGUUGAGUUAUGGAUGUCCGUGAUGGAAUUGUAGAAAUCUGUAACUCCACUUUGAGAUAUCCACAAUUUAAUUUUGACUAGUCAUAAUUCAGAUUUUUAUUCACCUCAAUUCAAGAUGUCCACAUGUUUAAACAAGGUGAAAUGAGGUUGUAGAUGUAUGUAAUUAUUUAUGACUAGUCAAAAUGGCGCAGUCGAAAUCCCUAACUGGAGUUACGGAUAUGUACAGUUUAAUUGAACAUACCCGUUAUUCACAUUGUAGAUAUGUGAUGACAAACCCCAUACACAGAAUGGCAAAAGUGAAGUCAUUUGGCGAAAUCAAGUUGCGGAUGUCUGUAAUUCAGUUGUGACGAGGCCAAAGUGAAUUGCAGCUUUCUGUCAUUUUGACGAGUCGCAAUUAACGUUCCACAUCUCUUGAAUGAAAGUUCUAACAAUUCAAAAUGUAAUUAUGACGAGUCAGAACGACGUUGAUCUCUGCGAUGUUCAUUCCGGAUAGUCAAAGUGAGGUUUUAAAAGUUUCAUCCGCUCGCCAUACCAUUUAAAACUGAAUUACAAAUAUCCGUAGCAUCAUUAAGCAUUUUUGACGAGGAAAAGUUUAAUUUCGGAUAUCCUCAACACAUAUUUAGUCUAGCUUUUAAAUGUUAAAAAGGGCUUGACUUUAUCCUGCCUCCACCGCUGCACGCUUUUCACACAGAGCACUGACACUGCUACCAGCAGUGUGAAAGGGGAUAUCGCCCCAGUCUGGGUGUGCUCUCAGACGAACCGAACCGUCUCAUGUGACGUGUAAAAUAGUUGUCGGACAGCGACAAUUGCUUUUAAUACAGGGUGGGGGAAAUUAAUACGGUGUUAAAUUUUGCGCUAUCCCCUUUCACGCAGCCACAGUCUGAUACGAACGCGGAAGCAGGCCAAUUUUGUAUGUUUCAGACACAACUGUAACAUGAGGAUGACAUUGAUUGGCAGCACGAAAGGGGCUACUCCUGUGUCCGUAUGCCAUGUUGGCAUGGAGUGGCGCCCUCUGCUGAGCACAUUAUUGUACACGGUUACGAGCAACCAGGAUCGGGACACACUCCUAAGAAAAAAAUAUAUACGAUGAGAAUAUGAGCCGUAAUAUUACAAGAUAUGUUGUAAUUUUUUUUGUGUGUGUGUAAUCUUAGAAGAUGAAAGGUUUUACACCCACCCCCCCCCCCCCACCCAUGGAAAAUUCAUCCUAAAAAAACUCUCAUCCCUUCUUACUAACAAAAACUAACUGGUUUGAGUUAAUUACAAAAAUUAACCCUUAAUUUCAGUUGUCACAUUUUUCAAAAAAUAAAUAAAUUUGGCUAUCUGGUAAUGUUAAACCCUUUUUUCAUUGAAUAAAUUCAACUUUAUAUUCUUAUAUUAUUAGGCCUUUUUUCUGUAGACUGUUAUUUCACCAAAUUUUCCCCCUUUAAAUUAUCUAUCGAAAUAGAUGUUUUUCUUCAAUAGAGAUUUAUUGUAUGUAAAGUAUUUCUUUACAAAAAAAAUCUGACUUCAUCCUCUGGUUCAUUUUCCUAAGAACAACUGUUCUAAUGCUUUUUUUCCUCUGAAAAGUAAGACUUUAAUUCUCGUAAUAUCACGCUUUUCUUUGGGGGGGAGGCAAUCAAGACUAUCCUAAAAAAUAAACAAAAAAUCUUGUAAUAAUGCCCUUUUCUCAAAUAAUUCGACAUUACUGUGGCAAUGUUCAGCCUUCUCGUAAGUACAGCUCUGCCUACCUUUCCUCAAAAAUGUCUUUUUUUCUUUUCCAGUUUGGCCCCAAUACACCAAAGUGGACCUGGCGGUGUUUUUGCACUGUUAUGUAUUUUUUUUUAGUUACAGAAAUAAUGUUUCCUUCAGUGUGCAAAAUGUAAAUAUAUUUGUAUACACAACCUA